AUGCACGCUUUAGAUGUGUACAUGAUAGACCUCUCUCAUAACAUGUUGAAAGGACCACCCCCUGAAGCACCGUCAUCGACAGUGACCUAUAUAGUAUCCAACAACAGCCUGAUGGGAGCGUUGCCAGCAUGGAUAUGCAAUUUAAGUUCAGCAAUCACACUAGACUUGUCUUUUAACAAUUUGACCGGUGUGCUUCCCAUUUGUUUGGGCAAUAUCAGCAAAUCACUCGUGGUAUUGAACCUAAAAGGCAACAAUUUCCAAGGAAGCAUUCCAGAGCUCCCGAUGAGGGGGACACAAUUGACGAUGAUUGAUUUGAGUGACAACCAAUUGCAUGGCAAAUUACCGAGAUCCUUGGCUGAUUGCGAAAAGCUCAAGUUCAUCAAUUUUGCAAACAAUCUUAUCAUGGACACCUUCCCAUCAUGGUUGGGAUCACUACCGGAGCUCCGUAUCCUUAUUUUGCGAUCCAAUAAAUUCCACGGUGUCAUAGAAAGGCCUAAAUCUAGUCAUGCAUCCCUUAAGUUGCGGAUACUUGACCUCUCUUCUAAUGCAUUCAUCGGUAAGUUGCCCAUGGAAUUCUUUCAGUCUUGGAAUGCCAUGAAAUUCGAGAUGCGAAACUUUACAUACAUGAAUAAAGAUCUAUAUCCGCCGGUGUUCAACCCGCUCACCUACUAUGGCCACUAUGAUUUUUCUAUGAUAGUGAUUUACAAAGGGCAUGAAACCAUUUACCAAAAGAUAUUAGAAGUCUUCACGAUCAUUGACCUCUCCAUCAAUUUGUUCAAAGGAGAGAUCCCCAAUGCCAUAGGUGAUCUUAGAGGAUUGCAAGGGCUGAACCUUUCCAACAAUCUCCUCACUGGUCACAUCCCAUCGUCGUUAGGGAAUCUCACAGCACUUGAGUCAUUGGACCUUUCUCAAAACAAACUCAUUGGACAAAUCCCCCAGAAGCUAAUAGAACUUGGGUUCCUUUCUUUCUUGAACGUCUCUUACAACAAUCUGACUGGGUCCGUGCCUAAAGGGAAACAGUUCGAUACAUUUUCAGACGAUUCUUUUGAAGGAAACUCAAGACUGUGUGGGGAAUUCAUAUCCACGAAAUGUCGAGAUUCAGCGGAUAAGUCAGGACAACCUUCAACCUACCAAGAAGAAGACUUGGGAUCACCAAUUGAACACAAUUGGAAGAUUGUCCUUAUGGGGUAUGGGAGUGGCUUAGUGAUUGGAGUGGUCAUCGAAAAUGCAUUCAUCUCUUGGAAACAUGAUUGGUUUGAAGGAAAUGCCAAGAGAAGGCGACGGCCUAGUCGGAGGUAG